ACUAUUACCCAGCAGCCUGAGCGGUGGGGGCGCGUCUGUGACGUUAAGGGGGCAGCGGCAUCAAAGAUGGCGGCGGUCUGGUCGAUGAGCCGCAGGUUCAUAAUUAGAAGUUAUAAUCCCUUUGUCAAUAGUGUCAGAAGAGGAUUUUCUUCGUGUAUCGAUCCUUCUGACGGACUUACAGAUGAACAGAAAGAGUUCCAGAAAGUGGCUUUUGACUUUGCAGCCAAUGAAAUGGCUCCUCACAUGGCAGAAUGGGACCAGAAGGAAAUCUUUCCAGUGAAGACAAUGCAGAAAGCAGCCCAACUGGGUUUUGGAGGGAUCUAUGUCAGUCCAGAUGUGGGCGGGUCGGGUCUUUCUCGUCUCGAUACGUCAGUCAUCUUUGAGGCCUUGUCCACCGGCUGCGUCAGCACCACAGCCUACAUCAGUAUCCACAACAUGUGUGCCUGGAUGAUCGACACAUUUGGAAGCGACGAGCAGCGACACAAGUUCUGUCCUGAUCUCUGCACCAUGGAGAAGUUUGCUUCCUACUGUCUCACUGAACCAGGCAGUGGAAGCGAUGCUGCUUCUCUGUUGACCUCAGCACAGCAGAGUGGGGACCAUUAUGUCCUGAACGGUUCUAAGGCCUUCAUCAGCGGUGGAGGAGAGGCAGACGUUUACGUGGUCAUGUGCAGAACAGGAGGACAGGGACCUAAAGGCAUUUCCUGUCUGCUGGUGGAGAAGGGAAGUCCAGGACUCAGCUUUGGAAAAAAAGAAAAGAAGGUGGGCUGGAAUUCUCAGCCCACCAGAGCCGUGAUCUUUGAGGACUGUGUAGUUCCUGUGGAGAAUCUACUGGGUGAAGAAGGACAAGGAUUUAGCAUCGCCAUGAAAGGUCUUAAUGGGGGCCGGAUCAACAUUGCCUCCUGCUCUUUAGGUGCUGCUCACGCCUGUGUUCACCUGGCCCGCGAUCAUCUGCUGGUACGGAAGCAGUUUGGAGAAAGUCUCUCUAACAACCAGUUCCUUCAGUUCAAACUCGCUGAGAUGGCAACUCGUUUGAUGGCGUCACGCCUCCUAGUGCGGGAGGCUGCAACUGCACUGCAGCAGAACCGAGCCAACGCCGUGUCUCUGUGUUCCAUGGCCAAACUGUUUGCAACCGACGAGUGUUUUAACAUCUGUAACCAGGCUCUGCAGAUGCACGGUGGCUAUGGUUAUCUGAAAGACUAUGCUGUGCAGCAGUUUGUUCGUGACAUCAGAGUCCAUCAGAUCCUGGAAGGAACAAAUGAGGUGAUGAGGAUGAUAAUCUCCAGAAAUCUUCUUACUGAGUCCUGAUCUGAGGUCAUCACUACUUCUUUGAGCUGUUCCUUGUGAACUGUGUGGAACUGAUGAUUGUGUGUUGUCCUUUUGUUUGCUGAAAGUUCUCACGUUUCUGAUGUUGUUUCUUAUGACCAUUGUGAGUCAGUAACUUCAGUCACAAUUACAUAGCUAUAGGUCAAUUAGUGCAACCGACAGGUCAAACUGUCAAUGGACACUCCUCAUGUACAUAUUUUUUUUAGGAUUUGUAUUAUUUAGAAGAAUUCUUUCAUUUUGACCUGAAGAUGUGGUUCUUUUCCAUUUUCAAAUGAAGCUGCUGUGUUUUAUUUCACUCCUAAUGUAAAAAAAAAAAAAAAAAAUUAAAGUUUGGAGAAAAUAAUUGAUCCCAUUCAUGAAGAUAUUUUCUUUCAAACGUUGAUACUGAUUGAUUGUUUUCAUGUCUUAAUGGGUGGAAACACAAUUUCAAUAUGAGAUAUCACAAUGAUGUUUACAUGAUUUUUAUUUGUACAUAACCAAUGCCAACCAUUUAUUUAUAAUUAUUAGUAUAAAUAACAAUGGUAUCCCCAGGUCUACAGUGUGUGUGUGUGACCAGGGCUGGGGGCUCUCUGAAACAUAGUUUUCAACUAUAAACAGUUGCUAAACAGAGGAGUGCUUUUUGGGGUAAUUUGAC